AGUUUCGCAGCUGAUUUCCGGCGUAUCAUUCCUUCUUCCAUCAUGGCGCUAGCUAAGAGUGUGUACAAUUUGCUCUUCAGGAGGACAUCAACCUUCGCCAUAACAAUCAUGUGCGGGGCCAUCGUCUUCGAGCGAAUGUUUGACCAAGCCGGAGAUACGUUAUUUGAGCAGAUAAACCGCGGGAAACUGUGGAAACACAUCAAACACAACUACGAGGAGGCGGAUGAAGAAUAACACGAUGGACCGUCGGUUAGCGGGUCUGUGGCCGGCUGCUUUCCCAUUCCUAGAACCGACCCCUGAUAUCAACAUCACCAUGGACUGUGUCCUCGAAUGCCACAACCGCAAUCAACAUCUACUGCGACGCGGACAGACGAUAUGGGAAUAUAAAUUAAACGUAAAAGACUUUGAAAGUUGAGAAAGUCGUGGAUUGUUGGUGUCACUUCCCUGCUCCUCUUUUCCUGCAGCCCCAAAUGUUUUCUUCGGAACGUAUCUUGUGUCAAUUUCUUUGUUAAGAAAGGGUUAAUUUUAUGUAAGAAAUAAAUCUAUCUUCAACGCGGA